UUGGAAGCCCUGAAAGCGCUGGACCUCAGACAUCGCCCCGCUCGCUGGCUCUCCCUUCUUCAUAUGUGGCGUGCUGAGACGUCCGCACUGGAAUCUCACCAUGGCUGUGGCGCUGGAUGCCGUGUGCGUUCGGGUUAAGGAUGUUUGUAAAAGGAAUGGCUUGCUGAUCCUCUCCGUGCUCUCGGUCAUCAUUGGGUGCCUCCUGGGAUUCUUCUUGCGCACGAGGAAGCUCUCCGAACAGGAAAUAAAAUACUUCCAGUUUCCUGGAGAGCUCCUGAUGAGGAUGUUAAAGAUGCUGAUCCUUCCUCUGGUGGUUUCCAGUUUAAUGUCUGGACUGGCAGCCCUGGACGCCAAAGCCUCCAGUCGCCUGGGCAUCAUCACCAUCUCCUACUACCUGUGGACCACCUUUGUUGCAGUUGUGGUGGGCAUUAUCCUGGUGUCCAUUAUUCAUCCCGGUGGUGCCGCCCAGAAAGAGACAACAGAGGACAGUGGCAAACCCACGAUGAGCUCUGCAGAUGCCCUUCUGGACCUCAUCCGCAACAUGUUUCCGUCAAACCUGAUCGAGGCCACCUUUCAGCAGUAUCGGACGAAGAAAAUUAAAAACUUCAAGUCCCCAAAGGCGGCAGCAUUACCUGAGACUAGCACACAGCGCGUCAUCUUUUACGGAAUCCAGGAUGGCAACUGGACAGACAUUCAGAACUUCUCGCUGGACAUUACGGUCCCUCAGGAUUUUGUCUACCGGUCUGAGCCUGACAGCAGCAAGGGAAUGAACGUCCUGGGCAUUGUCAUCUUCUCUGCCACAAUGGGAAUCAUGUUGGGAAGAAUGGGAUCCAAUGGCAGUCCUUUGGUCAAUUUCUGCCAAAGCUUGAAUGAGGCGGUGCUGAAGAUCGUUGCAGUCGCCGUUUGGUAUUUCCCUUUUGGAAUUGUGUUCCUAAUAGCUGGCAAGAUCCUGGAAAUGGACGACCCGACAGCGAUCGGGAAAAAACUGGGCUUCUACGCCAUCACUGUGGUGCUGGGGCUUAUAGUUCAUGGACUCUUCAUCCUGCCCAGCAUGUACUUCUUCAUCACCAAAAAGAACCCCAUAGUCUUCAUCAGAGGCAUUUUGCAAGCCCUGCUCAUCGCACUGGCAACAUCGUCAAGCUCCGCCACUUUGCCCAUCACCUUCAAGUGCCUGCUAGAGAACAACCACAUCGACCGGCGAAUCAUCCGCUUUGUCCUGCCCGUUGGCGCCACAAUCAACAUGGACGGGACGGCGCUCUACGAGGCGGUGGCCGCCAUCUUCAUUGCACAAGUCAACAACUAUGAGCUGGACUUUGGGCAGAUUAUCACCAUCAGUAUCACAGCCACGGCGGCCAGCAUCGGAGCAGCUGGAAUUCCGCAGGCGGGCCUCGUCACCAUGGUGAUCGUGCUGACAUCUGUGGGGCUGCCAACUGAUGACAUCACCCUGAUUAUCGCCGUGGACUGGGCGCUGGACCGAUUCAGGACCAUGAUCAACGUUCUGGGGGACGCCCUGGCAACCGGCAUCAUGGCCCACAUCUGCAGGAAGGAUUUCAACAAGGAAGGCAAUGAGGUGCCCCUGAUCUGCGAGACCAAGCCCAUGAUCAGCAUCCAACAGCUAAUGGCCUAUCAGAAGAACGGCUGCUUCAAUGCGCCACCUAGUGGAAAGCCGCUGCUUCCCGAGGGCCUCCCGGUAGAUGUGGCCAGACUCAUGCAGCUGGAAGAAGGCCUGCGACCCGAGCAGAAGAUCAAUCCGGAGAAGCACAUGGACAAAGACCACUGCUCCAUCGAUAUGAAUGGCCUUGAGACUAACGUAUAG